GGCACAGGAGCGGGGCCGGGCACAGGAGCGGGGCCGGGCACAGGAGCACAGGAGCGGGGCCGCUCGGGGCCCCUCCCGCGGGAUGGACGAGGACGGGCUGCCCAUCGUGGGCUCCGGCAUCGACCUCACCAAGGUUCCUGCUAUUCAGCAGAAGAGAACUGUAGCAUUUCUAAACCAGUUUGUGGUUCACACAGUGCAGUUCCUCAACCGCUUUUCCACUGUUUGUGAAGAGAAAUUGUCAGCGCUCUCUCUCCGUAUCCAACACAUUGAAACCACCCUCAAUAUUCUGGAUGCAAAGUUAUCCUCAAUUCCUGGCCUAGAAGAUGUCAAAUUUGAGGUGUCCAGUGCAGAUGUGAAGAGUGUUACAAAUGGUCCUGUGGCACAAGCUGCUGCAGAUCCACAGGCAGCUGUGUCACCUCAGUCUGGGCAGAACAACACACAGGAAGAAGGGCUGCAGAAAACAGAGGUGGUAACAGAAAAUGUCACAACUGUGGCCAAGGAUCCAAGAUAUGCCAGAUAUCUCAAAAUGGUACAAGUGGGUGUUCCUGUCAUGGCAAUACGAAACAAAAUGAUUUCUGAGGGACUAAACCCAGAUCUUCUCGAGACCCCGGAUGCCCCCGCGCCUGCCUGGGGAGACGAUGGCAAAGCAGAGGAGAGUUCUGACAGUGAAUCYUCCUUCAGUGACUGAGGAGACUCAUUUCAGCCUUUGCCAGCCCCUCUGAGUGCUCGUGUGUCUGGGGCUUCAGCAAACAGCAGCUUUGCACGGAUCACACGGGUGCCAGGCUUUACCUGACAGUGGUUUUAGGAACUGAGAUCCUCUGUUCUCCUCUGGAAAGUGUGAGCAGGACCCGUGUUUCAACCUGAGCCCUUCCCCUGAACAUGAAUCACGAGAUCCUUGCAGCCUCUCUCUGCAUCGUGUCAGGUUCAUUUCUGACUCUGCUGAAAUUACUUUGUGGAGCUCUGAGAAUUCCACAGCUCUCACACAAGCUCUCUAGAAGGCAUUCUGGUCAUUGUUAGAUUUUCUGUGUAACACGUUUAACCUAAGUUGCCUUUUUUCUGCCCUGUAACCUAACAUGGGAAAAUGMAAAUGUUUCAUUGAUGGACUGAACUCUUUUCCCAAUAUACURUAUCUGCAGUGAUGCAACAGGAAUUGCAUGUAAGUUAGCUGUCUGAUGGUGGUUGCAAAUCAGUGAUACUCAGUCUUGAGAAAAACUAAAAUGCAAGUGAAAAAUACAUUAAAACCCAUUUGGAAUCUAUUUUCAAAGCAUAUGUUGCUAUUCARUGCCACUUUAGAGUCUGUAUGAAGUUGUUGAAGAAACUCCUACUCUCAAAGGUSUGRUGUAUCAAAYUCAGGUUGCAGUGYUGUAGAAAGCUGCAAACAAGGCAAGACUGAUUUGCAAAUGGAAAGAAAGGAAGGGACAGGGAGAUGAUUAAUGGAAUACCAAAUUCUCACUSUUAUGUGGGUCAGGUGAAAUAACUUUGUGAGUUCAGUUGGCCUUGCCCAAAAGAAACUGUGGCUGAGCAGUUUGCUUAGGAUGAGAAAUCACUUCCAAGUUGGUGCCUUUGCAGAUAAUUCCAGAGAGAAGCUAAAGUUCAGUUUGUGUAGUGAUAAAACUACCUUGCCACUCUUGAGGCAUGCACUGAGGAACAGUGUAAAGAAAUGCACUCAGAGCCUGAUGUGCCCUGAAGAUUCCCCUCARAAUUACUUCAUGUACUCCAUAACUCAAAAAUGCUGUUUCGUUAAAGAAUCUGCUUGARUACAAUUUGUUCCACACGAAUCCUUCCCAAUCUGUUGGAAUUCCCAGAUUGUUGUGAUUAUCCCAGAAUUCUGUGUGCCAGGCAGUCAUUAACUUGCUGGUGUUUCACAUUCUUCCUGUGACCAAGAUKAAAACUGGAGCUCCAAGUUUGUGAGUUUGUUAACCUUUAUGACUGAGUGGAUACCUUCUCUCUUCGUUAUUUAUGCUCUUCAUUAGCUUACCUGCUUCCUUUUUUAUUUUCCUGUAACACAGGCAUGGCUUCCAUUGAAGCCUUACAGACAUAUUUAUACUCCAUUAAGCUGUAAAUCAGAAUAAUGCCUGGAUCCCUGCAAAAGCAUAGACAAUGUCUGGAGAUGGUAUUUCAAUGAUGGGUUAAUUACUGUUGAACACUUACACAAAAGUACUGAACGCCUGGUAAAACACAACAAACAUUAACAUAUUAGCAAUAAGUAUUUCAAGUGUAAAUGUGAUAAUGUUAUUUCAGAAUGUAUAUAUUAAAACUCUCAUGACUUUUUAAAAUCUAUAUUUGAAAGCUCAUUUAAGCAAUCUGUAUAAAUAAAGCUAUACUUUGUAA